GGUCCGGGUUGGUGAACGUGUUGCCUGCCCCGUGGUGCGGGAGCAACGUCGGAGCCAGCAGCAGAUGCCAGUGUGCUGGGAACGCCGUGGCUUCGCAGCUCCACCGGCACCCACGCGAAGGCAAAGGGCUCUGGCUGGGCCCCCCAGUGCCAAACCUGGCCGGCACCAGGGGAAGGAGCCGGCACUGACGGGAAACAGAGAAGUUGGCAAUGCCGAGCCCCCCACACCACCCCGACUCUCGCCUGCUGCUCUGCGCCUCUGAAGGACCCGGGCUGUGCCCAGCAGCACCCCUGCGCCUGGGGAUGUUCUCUCUGCACAAGCACCACCAGGAAAAACCUCCCUCGGGGUCCCUGACCCCAGUACCCAUCGCCUGCAGGAGCCAGGGCAGGGCGCCCAGCGUCCAGCUUCAAGGGCAUCAGCAUCUCCCUGGGAGGGAUGUGGAGCGAAGCCAGAGGAGCCGUCCCGUCCCAUCCCAUCCCAUCCCAUCCCAUCCCAUGCUCAGGCAUCGCUGGCCAGGCUUGUCCGCAUCUGGCCACCCCACAGCCAGCCCGUGCAUCGUGACUUCAAGCUGGAGGAGCAGCUCUGCCCAUUCCUGCAUCGGAUAUUGGGAUUAAACACAGCACCCUGCUUGCGAGGGGCAGACCGUGCUGCAGCCGAGUCCCCAAAACGUUCCACGGAGAAGGGUCAGAAAAGGUCCCUCCAGCAGCCAGACAGCACUGCCGCAGCCUCUCCACCUCAUGCAAACCUCCCGGCACCACCAUUCAUGGGAGGACGAAGCCCCACGCCUGCCCCAUGCUGCUCGUCUCGGAGCCGGAGGGGGGGGGGGGGGGCAGGAACGUUCCCUGUGUUGUGGGACGCUUCCCCCUGUCUCCCCCUCUCCCUCAUUUUCCUCCAUAUUUCACAGUUCCUGCUUCCUGCACAAGGCAGGGGUCUCCAGGGACUCCAGCCAGAUGUUCUCUGCAGCACACCACAUUGCUUUCCUAAUGAAAUAUUCAUGGAGCCUCUCCGCCUUUUGCCAUGAAAGCCUUCUGCAGCUCCCAGCCAUGGAAACGCUGUGCAGGCAGCAUUCCUGCAAAGCCACCCGCCCGGGGCUCCUGACCCCCCGCUUGCCGCUUGGCACCUUCACGCCGCUCCUCCUUCCUCUUCCUCCUCCCGCGGGCAGUGCCGGAGCGGGGGGCUUCGUCCCACCUUGCCUUGCAGCCGACGCAUCACCAAGGGUGCAGCCAGGGCCAACGUGCUGGGGACACCGGUGUCCCCACGCGGCCGUCACCCACCCCGAGGCAGGAUCCCCAGCCCCGUGGGUGCCGCCUUCCUCGGGGGACAAGGCUACGCUGGACGGAGCAACCCUCAGCCUGCCCCGGAUGCCACCGUGCCACCCAGCCCUGUCGUGGGACCGUCCCGAGGCGGGGGCUCGCGCCUGCCCGUGCUGUGGGCUGCGCGGUGUGAUGGAUGUGGAUGUGCCGCCAGUCUGGUCUUUGCUGGGAUGCGCCAAGGACUGCCGGGCACCGAACCUGCUGGGAUGUGGCGACGGGGAUGGGACCCCCCACCCCAUGGCCCCCCUGCAGCCAUCGGGUCUCAGCAUCCCCAGGAGAAGGAGGAGGUUUAUCCACCCAGAGGCUUAUCCAUCUGAACACCAGUACAUGUGGAGCUUUACCAAACACGCUCAGGCCCCGCUGGCUGCCUCGGGGACCAGAAUUGGGCCUGGGGAGGAGAACCGUGCUCCCAGCCACGCUCCGGACGGUGGGAGCAUGGGAGGCUGACGGAGGCAUCACCCAGCGGGACCUGCAUGGACCCACCGAGGGCUGUGCCGGGAGCUGCUCUGCUCGCCCGGGGCACCAUCACUCCUAACCCCGACCCCGCUACCCCCGCAUCCCAGGGAUGCUCCGGGGUGGUUGCCCCAUCCCCACCCCAAACUGGGAGCUCUGGGUACACAGGGCUUGGCUCCGCAGCACGGGGCCAUCCCACCUCUCCAUCCCCGGGCUGGGAAAUCUUGUAACCUGGUUGGUUUUGGAGCGGGAGGUGAGAAGUGGGAGAAGGGUGCCGUGGGGUGCCACGGGUGCUCCGGGCAUGGGUGCCCGGGUGCGGGCAGGACGGCAGGGGCUGCCGGUCACUGCCAGGUUACAUCUGCCGGGGCACGCAAGAGUGACUCCAGAUGCAUUAGAAGUGCCGUGCUCCAAUUUCAAUUUCAUCGUCUCACAAUCAUUUUCAGGCUCCUCUUAGUGCCACAUUAACGAAGCCUGCUCGUUUGAAUGCAUAAUUAGCCCAAGCAUUCUACCUCGCUAAUUUCGAAGCAAGAGCUGGGGGGGGUGGGGGGUGGAAUUUGCAUAUUAAUUUAGCAGAGGGAGAGAAAAACUGUUUACCACUUGCUUCUUGCUGUUGAUCACAGCGGACUUAACUCUUUCCCGGGUGCCAUCUGGAGCUGCAGAGCCGGGCGCCUGGCCGGCACGUGGGACGGGGCGCAAAGGUUACACGGCAGCAAUUAAAUCCUCUCCGUGAUGCCGCGGCCGUCCGGACCACCCUGGUUGCCUAUGCUACUGGGAGCCAACUGGGGCCACUGGGGCUGCAGCUCCUGAGAGCGCAGGCCAGACAAACCGAGGCGGAGGUGCAAGCUCCAAGGUGCACCCCAGCCCUCCUCCCCACGUGGCCCUGGGGUGAAAAGUGCCAUCGUCACCCCCCCCGCAGGGUGUCAGGGUCCCAUCCUGGGUCUGUCCCUACUAUCCUUGGCUAAGCUGGUGGGGUGCCAGGCGCAGGGAUGCCCAACAGCAUCGCCCCUCCUACGAAGGGUGGCUGGGACCAUGCAAAGAGCACCCUGUCACCCUCGGUGUGUCCCCUCCAAGGCGACAGCUCUGUCCCCACAACCCCCUUGCUUUUAGCAUCACCCAUCCAUAAUAUGAUGUCGGAUGCUCACGUGUGCCAUCCCCAACAGCCCUUUGCAACGGGGUGGCUCAUUGGCAUUGGUGUGCAUGGGAUGCCCGCAGACAUGAUGCACCCACGGAGCACCCAUGGUCCAGUGUGGGCAGCCUCGCUGAGCACUGACAACUUGCUACACCCCCCCAUCGCCAUCUCCCUUUGUUUGGGAGUCUGUGGGUUUCUUGAGCCGAGGUUGGAGGUAAUUUGUCUGUCUCUGGCAGCGGGCUGUCAUCUUGCAUCUGCGAACCAGUUCCAUUUGCACUGCCAUUAAAAAAUCUCAGGUUUGACAGGUAGUAAAAAAAAUUUUUUAAAAAAGGAGAAAAGCCUAAAAAAAGAAAAACAGCCCAGCUGAGGAACUCCUGGGCAAUAGGAUGCUGCAAACAUUGUGGGCUCAUCGCAUCUGCGACCACCCUCAAAUCCAGCGGUACCUGGAUUUGAGGACAGUCACAGAUGCAACGAGCCAUAAUUUGGCCUUUGGACCUGCAUCCCCAUCUCAUCUGGGCUUUGCACCUCCAUUGCCAUCUUAUCCGGGCUCCCCAAAAGGGCUUAAUCACCCCUGGAGAGCCCCUGCCCCAACCGUCCACCCUGUCUUGCUGGCUUGGAGCCAUCCCAGCACGUCACAGCGAUUUGGGGGACAGCCUCCAUCGCUGGCAUCCCGGUCUGGCUUCUGCACCCACGCUGUCAAGGAGAGAUGCACACGGGGUUUAUCCUGUGCCCGUGCAUGCUGCCAGGUCGUGGAGCCGCAUAGCCAGGGGACACCCCGCAUGUGGGUAUGGGGUCUCCGGCAUGGCCGGAGCCGUGCCGGUGCUGCUGCGGCACGUGGGGCCGGCUCGCAGAGGGUUAACAGUUGAUUACAGCCUUUGUCUCUGCAUCAGUGUACAUAAUGCGCCCCACAUUUGCAUACUGCAGUGUGCGCUCAAUUAAAAUGAACUUUUAAUUUC